UCCGUUGGGUUUGUUCUGCCCUGAUUUUAAACUUUUGUUUUCGUGUAAAAAAUAUUGGACAAUCUUUUUUAUUUGUUGUGGAUAUUUUAAGUGGUGUGGAAAUUAAAUUAAUUGUGAAAAUGGUCAAGAUGAGACGUGCUCAAAUACUUGGAUUAAUAAUCUUGUGCUAUAUUUUCCAAAUGACUGAAGAAGUUAUCCAAAACAAUUCUGCAAAAUAUACACCAAGUUAUAAAGUACUUGAACGGGACGUUUUAAUUAAUAAAGUUUCUCUAACACAAAAUGGAUAUAUUCAGUUCUUAAAAUAUAUUAACGAUGUUCCUCCAAUAACCGACUACACAUUUUGCAUUUGGUUGAGAAGUCACAAUCUUACGCAUAAUCAUCCUAUUUUAUCUUACUCCAAAAAUGAGGAAGAAAGUCUUAUACGUGUAUGGAUAGCUCCAAAUGGUAAAAGCAUUAAUUUAGAAAUAAGUGGUGUAGCUAUUUUUGAAUUUUCGUCAAAUUUUAUUGAAAAUAGAUGGUAUCAUGUAUGCCAAUCGUGGUCAUCAUUUCAAGCGGCAUGGUCAUUAUACAUAAAUGGAAAGCUUAAAUCUACUGGAUCAGUACCAAAGUUAAGAGGGUCGUUCAUUAAAGGAGGAGGCGACAUAGUUAUCGGACAAGAAUAUACUGAUUUUGACAAAGGACUCGAUGAUGGAAUAGAAGGAGAUAUAUCGGGUUUUAACUUUGUAUUAUCUUCAACUAUCAAUAACCAAAAACAUAAUAACCAGUUUUCUAGCAACCGCAAGUAUCAGAAACCUCAACACAAAACACACCCACAAGUUAAGAUAGAGCCGCAUCAGAUCUCAGAAAUAGCGCAAGAGGUGGAUUAUGGUGGAUUGGAAAAAUAUAAAACCAUACCCGAUGAGGAGUAUAUUCAACCGGAUUCUUCCGGGUAUACUGCAGUUGAUGCAAAACGAAAUCCAAAAGGAAUCCUUGAUCUCUUUAGAAAUCUAUUUUCUAGUGAGCCAGCCAGGGUUAGGGUCCUUCAAAAACCUCAAUUUACAAAAGGAUACAAAAUAACCAACAGAAGAUCCUCUGAUAGAUAUCAUUUAAACGAAGUGGGAGAAACAAGAAAAUCUCUUGGACUCCUUCUGGUAGAGUUAAGUCUCGAUUGCGGUUAUAGAAAAGGAUCGCCUUUGAGUGGAAAGGGAGUUUUAGUUAAUUGGAAUCAUACACCAGUUAGAGUUUUUGGUGGAGCAAUUUUAAAAAGUAUACCAGCUUUUUGUUACGAUACUAGUAUACAACCGCAUAUCACAACAUAAACUUUUUAGUUUAUUGUAAGAACUGAAUAGCAACGAUAAGAGAAACCAAAUGAAUAGUUUAUAAAAUAAUAAAAAAAUUUAUUUAUAUUUCAAUAAAUUAUGUUUACUAAUUUGAAAUUGUAUACAAUUAAGUACUUAAUAAAUUAUCCAGGCUUAA